GAUUAGYUGCUUCAUGUUGUAURCAACGUCUUCUACAAUUUGCGAACCUUCGAAGUGAUUCACCUCUCUCUUUUYUUUCACACAUCAGGAUUGAAUCUUCGCACAAUACUUUGAAUAACCAACUUUGCAAACACCAAAUUACGAAUCAAUGGGAACAUUGUUUGAAAACAACGAGACAAGACAAGCUUUCGCCAAUCUAUCCACAGGUUCCGAAUCGUCGCCUUUGCAUAAAAAGAAACAGAAAGCACUCCAACAGAAAGAAAAGACGUUUAUGGACGAGAUGACGCCAUCYAUAUCGGAACACGGAUAUAAUUCUGUUUCGAAACGCAGUCCUGUCAGYACCCAAAGAAGCAUCUACGAAGAGAAGAUAGACUUUAGUUUCCCUUCUCUGUCCCAUUCAUCCGACACGGUCGACAACCCACCACUUGCCUUAUCGGUGACGGCGACCACAAACUUCAGCACAAUAAUCGAAGAAGACGAAGAAAUGCUUGCCCAAUCUCAGCGUACGAACAGCUUAUCAGACUCUUUCCCUAGAGAAGACAUCGAAGGCSUACACAAGUAUGAAUACAGAAAACAUUUCGUAUCCCCAGAACAGGCAGAAAAUGACAACCGAGAUGAGUACGCCAAGUAUGGAUACGGCGAACCGUCCAUGGCUAUGAUGAUUGACAAUGAAGACGACAAAGAGGUAGAAGAAAAUUCGAAGUACGAUUGUGGUGAAACUGUUAUUCCUUCACCCUCAAUAGCACCAUACUCUUCCUUAAAUGAUGGCAGUAGAAAGGCUUUCUGUCCGGAGCGUAUGCCACGAAGAAGUUCCAUGAARUGUACAUCGUCGCCGAGAAGCGAUUCCAUAAGAAGCGUUUCCGAAGAAUUCGAGAUUUUUCUUCCGUUUCAAAUAGAUCCCGUACAACGACGACGAUCCAUCGCAUUUGACAACACGGUCCUCAUCCAAACCAUCGAACCAGURCGAUCACUAGUGGCAGAUUCUCAAUCUUUGUGGUUCCAGGACAUCGAAUACGAAACGAUCAAAAUGAAAACUUUGUCGUUGCUGGACAGAGUAGACCACGCUUCCGGUUUUAUGGACGGCAAGAAAUAUUGCACGAGGGGUCUCGAAAAAUUCAUGGCACCAGAGGCGACAGAAGUCAAGAAACACCAAGCGUGGGACUGUGUAUUGAACGAGCAAUUUCUUCAACGGAGAGACGGUGAGUUUGAUGAAGAUUCCAUUGCGAAUAUCUACAAGUAUUCUACAAAAAGAAGCCRAAAAGAGGCUUCGAUACGAGGUAGUCAGGACGCCCAAGUGGCACAAACCAUCCACCAGACGACCUUCCGGAGCAUKCCGAUAUAAAUCAGCACACUCCACAUAGAAWUGAAUAUAGAAACCCUAUUGCUAAAUAAAUCAUAAAUUGGACA